GCUGUCUCUCAACAAUACUGAACCUUCUUGAGUUCUACCUAGGCUCUCAUAGUCGGCCAUCCGGAAUAGCUGGCCACUUCACAAAAAAGACUCAAAAGUUCAUAAGAUCCCUGAAUAUCUGCUUUCACUUAUCGAAUCUCAAAUUUCAUUUUAUCGAUUCAAACAACUGCCUUUUUAAUUCUCUUCUAGACAUGAUAAUCCCUCCAUGAAUCGGGCUGGAGUUGAUAUGCCACGAGAGGAGGUUACGGAGGCAGGGCCUCUGCGUCCGCAGUAUCCGGGCGAUGAUACACGGCCAACCAGCAAGAUGGAGCUCGCAGGAUGGUAUAGCUACAGCUGGGCGGCGGAGGUUUUUACGGUGUGUGCUAUGGGCUCUUUUCUCCCCAUUACGUUGGAACAAAUGUCCCGAGAUCGUGGUGUUCUCUUGUCGGACAAGGUCACUCCAUGUACUGCAUCCUGGAAGCCUUCCCAGCAAACAUCGAUACAUGAGAAGCCAGAUGUGCCAGGUUCCAGCCAGUGUGUGAUUUAUAUACUUGGCUUGGAAAUAAACACCGCAAGCUUCGCAAUGUAUACGUUCUCAGUGAGUGUACUUAUCCAAGCGAUUUUGAUCAUAUCAAUGUCAGGUGCUGCAGACCACGGAAGCUAUCGCAAAAUGUUCUUGGUGACAUUCGCCUUUAUUGGGUCCAUUUCCAUGAUGUUAUUUCUGUCUGUGGCACCAAAGGCUUAUCUUCUUGGUGGGCUAUUGGCAAUAAUAGCCAAUACCUGUUUUGGGGCGUCAUUUGUGCUCUUGAACUCGUUUUUGCCCCUUCUAGUCCGCCAUCACCCGUCUGUACUGGGCAGCAAAGCUAGUGAAGUCCUACCAUCUGCUCGCCAUCCUUCGCCUGCCUUUAGCAAUGACGGACCCCAGAUCAACGAUGCAACGUCAUCAUUACUCCGACAUGACCAAACCGAUGGAACAAAAUUAGCAUUGGGUUCGACCAACCCUACGGGUAUCUCUCAAGCGCUGAAUAUCUCUACUCAGAUAUCCUCUUAUGGAAUUGGUAUAGGCUAUAUUAGUGCAGUGAUUCUGCAAAUAAUAUCUAUCCUUGUCGUCAUCAGUACCCACCAGACUACGUUCUCGCUGCGCCUUGCCCUAUUUCUGGUUGGUGUGUGGUGGUUCGUGUUCACCAUACCGGCAUCACUUUGGCUCCGUUCUCGUCCAGGUCCGCCAUUGCCACCUGCUCGUGAUGGGAAGCAUCGUCGCUCAUGGCUUGGCUACAUGGCCUAUGCUUGGAGGUCGCUCGCUAGGACAGCAAUGCGAACUCGACACCUGAAAGACAUUAUGUUGUUCCUGGCCGCCUGGUUCCUUCUCAGUGAUGGCAUUGCUACUGUCAGUGGAACAGCCGUGCUCUUUGCAAAAACACAGCUCAACAUGCAGCCUGCGGCAUUGGGCAUGAUCAACGUGAUCGCCAUGUCCUCAGGAUUGCUUGGUGCAUUCGGUUGGAGCUACGUGUCGCGGUUGUUAAAUCUACGAGCCUCGCAAACCAUAAUCGCAUGCAUUAUUCUUUUCGAGGCGGUUCCACUUUAUGGUCUCUUGGGUUUCAUACCGACUAUCAAGGCAAUGGGAUUCCUUGGCCUUCAACAGCCAUGGGAAAUGUUUCCGCUAGGUGCUGUAUACGGGCUUGUUAUGGGCGGGCUAUCGUCAUAUUGUCGAAGCUUCUUCGGGGAACUGAUUCCCCCGGGCUAUGAAGCAGCGUUUUAUGCCCUUUAUGCCAUAACCGACAAGGGCUCGAGUAUCUUUGGGCCCGCGAUUGUUGGCCUCAUCACCGACCGCUACGGGGAAAUUCGACCCGCGUUCGUGUUUUUGGCAGUUCUCGUAUUCCUUCCACUGCCACUUAUGCUUCUCGUGGAUGUGGAACGAGGUAAACGCGAUGCACUUGAACUGGCCGCAGAACUAGGUGGUAGGCAGGACGUCGAUGCAUCUGGGUAUGGGACUAUCCCUCACAUGGAUCCCCUAUACGAGAACGAAGUGGUGGACCAGUAAAAGGAAAUAUAAAAGAAGUCUGAUGGGUGGGUGUCUACUUGACGACUAUUGUACGACAGACAUUGUCUUCAUGCGUCUCACAGUACGAGUACUGGGUUUUUAUCUUGCCUGCAGAGUAAAAAUAUACUUCGAGGUUCAAAUACCCGUGAAUAAAACUCAUGGCAGGAAAACUAUAUCGAUAUUCAUCACAGCCUACUUUAGAUGUCCAUUUCUCGCUUGGAUGCUCUAUACCACAGAUCUUUUUCAUUCCUACUACCUAGCUAGGGUCCUAUACAAUAUGCCUUCUGUACUCUGUAGGUAUCUAGACUACUACAUCAUUACGUAUGGGCGGAGCAUAAAAAUCGACGGUGU